AUGAAGACGCUCACAUCUGACGAAGUAUCGGAAGAGUUUCUGGCGAGCUUGGAUGAAGACCAGACCAUUUCCGACAACAGGCCAGGUGUUAGGGGCGUUUCUGAAAGGCAGAGCGCCACGGCUCCAAGCACCAGUGGAUUGCUCGAGAGCACCAUGAUCUCGCGGCAGCAGUGGUAUCCUGUCAAAGGAGAAGAGAUCCUGUCCACAGAGGAAGACAAGCUGAUGUCGAACUGUGGCCGGGAGGCCAUGCAGCCGAGACUCCGCCCCAACGUUACAGCACCCCAGAAGUGUCUCCACAAAACACCAUGA